CUAAACAUGGCUUUCCUUCCCCUAAUUCUUCUUCUACCUUUAUUAGCUAUGACAAUAGAGAGCACCAACCACACUAAGCCUGGCUGCCAACCGAAAUGCGGAAACAUGACUGUUCCCUUCCCAUUCGGGAUCGGUAUAGGUACCGGUUGCUCUAUAAACCAUAAAUUCGACAUCAGGUGCAAUACCUCAUUCGAUCCUCCUAUCGCCUAUCUCAACACUGGAGGUAUGGAGGUCCUCGACAUAUCAACUAGCCAAAUACGAGUCAAAAACACCUUCACAGGCAGCUGUUAUGAACAAAAUGGCGAACUAGCUGAACGGAAAACUAUGAGAAUCGACACGGGAGUCCCAUUUUUCACCUUAUCUGAUAAAGAUAACAGGUUGACUCUCGUAGGCUGUGAUGAUUUGGCUUUAGCUUCUGGUCUUUCGUUGUAUGAAGGGCGUAAUUUUAGCAUUGGAUGUAUAACUUCGUGUUCAAGAAGUGUGGAUGUGAGCAAUGGGACUUGUUCUGGGAUUGGUUGCUGUCAAGCAGCCAUCCCUAAGGGAUUGAUGACCUUUUGGGGGAUUGUGACUAGCAUGCUUAACCAUACUAAGGUCUGGUCUUUUAACCCUUGUGGCUAUGCAUUCCUUGGUGAGCACGAAAAGUUUACAUUUCGGGGUGCAUCAGACUUAACAGACCCAAAUUUUGUAAGCAGAAUAGUGAAAGAUGUACCUGUUGUUAUUGACUGGGCAAUUGGGAAUCAAAGUUGCAGUGAGGUUAGAAACUCCACUGCCUAUGCAUGCAAGGAACAUAGUCUGUGCAUUGAUUCUGAAAGUGGACGUGGAGGUUAUCGCUGCAUUUGUGAGGAAGGAUAUGACGGUAAUCCUUAUCUUACUCCAGGCUGCCAAGGUUAGAGUUCUUGCCUGAUUUACAUGAGUUUAUAACUUAUAUACACCAACAGUGUAGAUCUUUUCUUACACUAUCAGGUCAUAGAAGUAACUCUCAAUAAAAAGUGAGAAGAGAGUUAAUAAAAGUCCAACUGGUUAGCAGCAUUUUUGGCAAGUAUGGACAUUUUGGGAGAGAUCCGUGUUUAUCCUUGACCAUACUUCUGGGAUUCGAACUCUGAAAUGUUAUUCUCUUUGGUAGAAAGCACUAAAACUUCCAUAAUGAGCUUUCUCUCAGUGCAAGUUCUGAUUAGCGCGUGCCGCUGAGUUCCGAACACCGUACAUUUAAACCUGAAAAAGAACACUCUACUUGCUCACAGUUUAAGCAAAUUUAUACAUUGGAACUGUGCAUAAACAUCAACUGCCUAGUUGUGAAUUUACGGAGGCAGGGGGAUUUUGAGGCAGCAUAUGUAAAGAAAAAAAAUGAAUAAAUAAAUAAAUGCAGACAGCAAAUAGUGACCUCCCUCAACCCCCCACCCCCAUUUUUCCCCAAACAAGGGGUAAAUUUUACUUUCUACUGCACUAAUUUGAGUAUUCCUCUUACAGAUAUCGAUGAGUGCGCAAAGAAUCCUUGUGAUGGGAUUUGCAAAAACACUCCAGGAGGAUUUCAGUGUUCCUGUCCGGAAGGAUAUUUUGGAGACGGCCAGAAGGGACGUGGUUGCCAGAAGGAGCGUGAUCUCCCUAUCUUGAAGUUAUCUCUUGGUUUAGGUCUUGGAUUAUUGUCACUACUGGUUAGUGUCAGUUGGAUAUAUUUCGGUAUAAAAAGGAGAAAAAUUUUAAAAUUACGGGAGAAGUUCUUCGAGCAAAAUGGUGGUAUGCUAUUAAAGCAGCAGACAUCGUCGAAUUUAAAUAAGGUGUUUACCGUUGAAGAGCUUAAAAAAGCCACCAACAACUUUGCUAAAGAUCGCAUCCUUGGAGUAGGUGGAAAUGGCAUAGUUUACAAAGGGAUUCUACCAGAUCAACGCAUAGUUGCAAUCAAGAAGUCUAAACAGCUUGAGCAAAACCAAAUAGAAGAGUUUAUAAAUGAGGUGGUAAUACUCACUCAAAUUAACCACAGGAAUGUGGUGAAACUAUUGGGUUGUUGCUUAGAGACCGAAGUCCCUUUAUUGGUCUAUGAAUACAUAUCUCAUGGUACCCUUCACCACCAUAUACAUACCAAUGGAGGAAUGCCUUGGCUUUCUUGGCAAAAUCGCUUAAGAAUUGCUGUUGAAUCUGCUGAUGCCUUUAGUUAUCUCCACUAUGCAGCUUCUACACCUAUCCUACAUAGAGACAUCAAGUCAGCAAAUAUACUACUAGAUGACUACUACACAGCAAGGAUUGCUGAUUUUGGGGCUUCGAGGUUAAGACCUUUCGACCAGGCUGAUAUGAGUUCACUUAUACCAGGCACAUUGGGUUAUCUAGAUCCUGAAGGCAUACAAAUGGGAUUGUCAGACAAGAGUGAUGUCUACAGUUUUGGUGUAGUUCUAGCGGAAUUGUUAACGGGAAGAGAAGCUAUUGAUCUCACUCUACCCAACAAAGAAAAAAGUUUAGCCACAUAUUUUAAAGCUUCUGUGAAGGAGAAUCGCUUAUUUCAAAUUCUCCAUCAUAGGGUCUUGAAAGAAGGCUCCUUGGAGCAGCUCAAUGCCAUUGGUGAGCUUGUGGUUAGAUGUCUUAACACAAAAGGAGAAGAAAGACCUACUAUGAAAGAAGUGGCAACUGAAUUGGAAGGAUUUACUAAAUAUAAUAGUCGCACAUGGGCUCAUCAUGAUCAAGAAAACAAUCAACUACAAAUGGGAGAAAUGAUCAGUGAACAGGAGGACCUUUAUAGUGUACUAAUGUACACUUCCACCAAUUAUGAUACAUCAUCAAGUGAUCAACAAAGCACCGAAAUUAGCGUGAAACGUGAAGAAGACACCCUCUUUGAUGGCUAAUUAUUGAAUUUUUAUAAAUUAGUGUAUUUGCAUCUUCAUAUGAUCAUUCAUUCAUUGCUAAUUAAAAACCCAACAAUUUAAUAUGAUAUUUGUGUUUUUAUGUGA